GAGAGUCCGACUGUCCGAGUUCCCAUCCGCAAGUCGCAGCACAGCUGGGUAAAGUUCCCCUCCUCUCCAUAUCCGCGUCCUACAUUAACGUUGUCUUCAUAAUAAAAUUAAUUUGCCUGUUAAGAGUUGUGUUGGGAGAAAAAAAUAUAAAAAUAAACAUUAUAAAUAAAAAAAAUUAAAGAAAUCAAAAUAAAAUUUACUGAAACUACCUACUAAAACAGUAAAUUUUUUAUUUUGGAAAAACAAUGAACUCCAAACACCAUUCCAUAACAACCUUUUGACAAGAAAAAAGAAAUGUUAAAUAAAAGAAAAUUUCUUCGUUACCUUUGUAAUAAAUUUUCAGCCACAAAUAAUACAAGAUAUUAACUCCAAAACAGUUAGACACUACUACUUGAUAUAACCCUUAAAAAUAAAGAGAGAGAUCGUUAAAAGAAUUGGUAUGGAGUAACGUAAAAGUUGGUGUUAUUCUAUGCUUGUGAUGGAAAAAAGAAUUAACUAAUACAAUUUCAUUGGACGACAGAAAAUAAAAUAAAAUUGAAAAUAUAUUCAAUUCAGUUACAACAUAGUAGAGCAUGUUAGAUGUUAUGUAAUAAUGUUUUAAGAGAGACCAAAAUGGUCAAGUGUCAAUGAUGGAAGGAACGGUUAUUAUGGGAUGUAGAAGCCACGAAACUUGUCAUGCAGAUCUCAAUUUGGAAAUGAAAACAAUAAAAAAACAGUUAUUUACUCAUACAAAAUUAAUAAUAUUAAAUUAUUAAUAAUACUACCAUUUAUUUUCUGAUCAUGUAAAAUGUAAAUUCUCCUUUUUCACGUACACACGCAAAUUGCUCCUCUGCCUCCUCCACUAUUCAAAAUCUGCACUCUCAGGGAGAAAGAAACAUCACUGUCAGUGUUGUGUGUGUGUGUGUGUGUGUGUGUGUGUGUGUGUAUAUAUAUAUAUAGAGAGAGAGAUAUUGAGAAAAAGAAUCCUAAUUUGUUGAGGAUCAGGUUAAAUUUUGUUGGAGUGUGAGUGUGCAUGGAAGAGUUUGGAGAGGGAGAUGUUUUGAGGAGGAUGCAGAGAGAGCAAGAGAGGGAGAGGAGGAGAAUUCGCGACCGCGAGAGGAGGCAGGCCAUGACUCAGGAACAAAGGGAGCGCCACCUGGCCAGGAGGCGCCGGAACUACCAGCUGAGGAGGCAGAGGGCAGCAAAUAACAAUGCUGCCGGAUUCAUUCCUCUCCCUCAACCACCGCAGCCGCAGCCGUUUCUAGAAUCAAGUGCUGGUGAAGCCAGUACUAGUGAUGAGCUUCAAGGUGUCACCACUCCAUUAGACCAUACUGCCCUCUCUCAUCAUGGCAUUGCUCUCCCUCACCAAGUUCAUAUGGAAAAUCUAGCAUAUAAACCAGCCAAUUCAGCAAGAUUUCGGCUAAAUCAUAUUAAGCGCCUCGCGCGAAGCCUGACAUCUUCAAUUGGUGACCCAGCAGCUGCUACUCAACAGGUUCCAGCUGAAUUGAUAACAAAGGAAGAUCUAUCAACUGCUGAUUGUGGUGGCGCGCAGAAAUCUCUGCGUUUGAAUUGUGUCAAGCGCCUUGCGAGAUCAAUAAAUUGUGUUCCCAAAGAAAUUGAAUCUCAGAAAAACCAUACUUCUGCACAAGAAGGGAUUCAAUUACUUGGUAAUGAGAGCUCUAUAGCCUCUAGCUAACAACUUUAUGAAAUCAAAUGGUUCACUCAAAGCUUUCAGGUAAACUUGGAAGAUUGUAGAAACUGCUUUUUAGGUUUAUGUCAUAUACACAGAGGAAAAAGAAGAAAAGGCAUAUACUUGAAGGGUUUGGCUGCAGUAUGGUGUAUAAUGAACUGUGAUAGUCAACACCAACUUCACAAAUAGAGAUCCUUUUCAGCAUUCUUUCAUUUGUAUUUUGCAGCUACCAUUGUAGAUGAUGAUAGAUAUUUUUAGACUCAGCUUUCUUUUCUUCUUUACUAGCAUAUUAGACCAAUAUACUUUGGAUAGCAUUUUGAUCUCCAUCAGAAUAUUUCUUUAUUUAUCAUCAACAAAUUUGAGAAUUGAGAUUUGUUCUUACAUAUUAGAUCAAUAUAAACUUGCCUAGUUGAGCCA